CUGGCCGCCUGCCUGAGCGAGGCCGGGGCGGCGCGGCUGCGGGCGGCCGCCUCCCCGCGGCUCCAGACCGUGCUGCUGGACGUCACCUCCAGCCAGAGCAUCGCUGCUGCCACAGCCUGGGUGCGGGAGCGCGUGGGUGACCGAGGGCUCUGGGGGCUGGUGAACAACGCAGGGAUUGCCAUCCCCACCGCCCCGAACGAGUGGCUGACCAAGGAUGACUUCAGGAAGGUGCUGGAUGUCAACCUGGUGGGGCUGGUGGAGGUGACGCUGAGCCUCCUGCCGCUGCUGCGGCGGGCGCGGGGCCGCGUGGUCAACGUGGCCAGCGUGAUGGGCCGCGUCUCCUUCUUUGGCGGCGGGUACUGCAUCUCCAAGUUCGGCGUGGAGGCCUUCUCUGACAGCCUCAGGCUCGAGAUGCGCAGCUUCGGGGUGAAGGUCAGCGUGAUCGAGCCGGGCUACUUCAAAACCAUGAUCACCAACGUCGAGAACCUGGAGAGGAACUUUCUCUCCACCUGGGAGAAGCUUCCAGAAGAAAUCAAAACGAGUUACGGGGAGAGUUACUUGAAGCAGUUUGUGGCAUCGCUGAAGCUGAUCGAGAAGAGCUGCAACUCCGACCUGUCUCGGGUCACCAACUGCAUGGAGCACGCGCUGACCAGCCUCCACCCCCGUGCCCGAUACUCCGCCGGCUGGGACGCCAAACUGCUCUACAUCCCCCUCAGCUACCUGCCCUCGGCCCUCACCGACGCCGUGUUCGCCCUGUUCUACCCCAAAGCCGUGGGGAAAGCCUAAGGCAGGGGAGGUGCCAGGCUGAGGCACUGCCAUGCCUAAGCCAGGGCCUGGUGAUGGGCGGUGGGAUCUGGUGAUGGGCGGUGGGAUCCGGCAUCGCCC